UGGGUGGCUUGAGAUUUUUUGUAGAAUUAGUCUUAUUAUGAGUAAUCCUGAACCCUUUUUAGAAUCAAAUAGAUCUAAAAGGAUAUAUAAGAUUCAUAUAGCCGAUCUUUCGGGUUAAUUUUUAUCUUUUGGGUUGAUUGAUACUCAUGAUAUUGUUGAAUUUGUUUAUUUUUAGCAAUUUUCCUAAUACCUAGAUGUUCUGUUUUCUGUUUUGCAGAUUGAUUUGCGUUUUAAUUGUUGAAAGCACUGUUUGGAUUUGGAGACCUACACAACAAUCAAAGUAUUACAAAUUUGUUAAUUAUUUAUUGACCCAUAGAUUGUGGUUUCACAAAUUAGUCUUUAUGUUAGCUUCAAUUUCUACAUGACCCUUAUGCGUCGAAUUCGCAUUAUGCACUCUUUCUCCGUAGUAUUCCUGUACUGGUUCUACGUCUUUUCAUGAACUAGCCCCCCCUCAAGAACAAUAAUUCAAAUAUUCAUUCGCGCGCUUUAAGGUAUUAGAACCACCAGAUUCAGAACCAAAUUUUGGUGAUUCCAACAAGAACACAGUAGUUUACAUUACCCUUCUUUGAAUUCCUAUUGUUGUUAAAUUAACUUCCCAUUGAACGAUACGAAACAUGGCUUCGACUCAGCAACCAGCUAGUUCGGGCUCUGAUGGCCAGCGAUAUGCUGCUAAUAAUGACGAGAGAAAACGAAAGAGAAUGGAGUCUAACCGUGAAUCUGCAAGGCGGUCACGGAUGAAGAAGCAGCAGCAUUUGGAGGAGUUGAUGAGCCAAUUAACACAGCUGCAGAAUCAGAACACUAUUUGGCGCGAGAGGAUCGAUGCUGUUGGAAUAAAUUACCAUGGCGUCGAUGCGGAGAACAAUGUGCUGAGGGCUCAAAUGGCUGAACUGACUGAACGGUUGGAUUCACUUAAUUCGCUCACUCGUUUCUGGGCUGAUGCUAAUGGACUUGCAGUGGAUAUUCCUGAAAUUCCGGAUACUUUGCUUGAGCCCUGGCAGCUCCCUUGUCCGAUUCAACACAACACAAGCUUCUGCUGAUAUGUUGGUAUUUUUGAGCAUCCGCUUCGCACUUUUGAACUACCCUGAUGUUAGAUGGGGUUCUUGCUCGACCGAGAUCCCUUUGAUGGCUACUUUUUGUUUAUUUGCAGUGUGUCAGUAGUUCUUAUUUGUACUAGCUUGGUGUUAGUUUGGCUAUUAUUGAUAUUCCUGUGUUUUAGUUUUGGUGAGUUAGCUGUUUCUAGCAUUGUAUCAAUGAUAUUUGCUCUCUAGUUUUUAUAAAUAAAUUUCUAGUAAUGUGAAGUAGAUGACCCCUUUUUGUUUCUGUAAACAUUGCUUUCUUCAUUCAACAAGUUAUGAGUAAUUUCUUUUCUGCUUGUCA